GCGGAAGUAGCGCGACGUCAGAGAGCCGUAGUACGUAGCUCGCGCUCAGUGAUGGAAGGGACAGAAGAGGCACGGAGGUAGGGAUGAAUGUAUGUUGGGGAUGGCGGACAAAUCGGAACUCUUUGUAAAGCUGUUGGCUGCUGGAUUUUACGGCAUCAGCUCAUUUCUCAUCGUCGUGGUGAACAAAAGUGUCCUCACUAACUAUGGGUUCCCAUCUUCCAUAUGUGUCGGGAUUGGACAAAUGUUCGCGACAGUGGUUGUACUAUGGGGGGGCAAGGCUUUCAGGGUGAUCAGCUUCCCUGACUUCGAUGAAAGCACACCCGGCAAGACUUUUCCUCUACCUCUCCUUUACGUGGGAAACCAAAUCACUGGACUAUUUGGAACUAAAAGGCUAAACCUCCCGAUGUUUACAGUCCUCAGAAGAUUCACUAUCUUAUUUACAAUGAUGGCUGAAAUAUUCCUGCUAAAAAAGACAUUCUCCAGACCCGUCCAGAUGACAGUAUUUACAAUGAUCCUUGGGGCGUUUGUGGCUGCAAGUACUGACCUGUCGUUUGACCUGGAAGGUUAUGCGUUCAUUCUCAUGAACGAUGUGUUGACCGCCAUCAACGGGGCCUAUGUCAAACAGAAGUUGGAUUCCAAGGAGUUGGGAAAAUAUGGCUUAUUAUAUUAUAAUGCAUUAUUUAUGAUUAUUCCCACACUGCUCUUGGCCCACGCGACUGGAGAUGUUCAGAGGGCAAUGGAAUAUGACGGUUGGUCAGACAGGCUCUUCCUCACUCAGUUCAUCCUCUCCUGCAUCAUGGGGUUUGUUCUGAUGUAUUCCACUGUGCUUUGUAUGCAGUAUAACUCUGCUCUGACUACCACAAUCGUGGGCUGCAUUAAGAACAUACUUGUGACGUACAUCGGAAUGGUGUUCAGCGGGGACUACAUCUUCUCGUGGACCAAUUUCAUCGGCUUGAAUAUCAGUAUUUCGGGGAGCCUUGUGUACUCCUACAUCACCUUCACAGAGGAGCAAUCCAGUAAGGCCAUCGACCUCAGCAAGCUGGAGAUCAAGGGCAAGGUUGUAGUUUGACAAGAGACACUGGAUACACACACGGUCAAAGGAGACGCUUUGUAUUCUUCUGGACGGUUCUGUAUUUAUUGAGUACCUCAUUCCUGGUACUUGGAGAAAUGGGGUGUCUUGAAUAGUGUAAAAAAAAUGAGGCCUGGCAGUCAUUUCUCGGAUUGCUUUGUUCAGGCUGCAUAGAUUACAAAAGGCAACCUGGAACGAUGGGAGUUCAUGAGCCUAAAUUCUAGGGGCCUUUUCCAGCCAGAACCUGGUCCAGUAUUCUUGUUUUCUUUUUAAACAGUAUUUAUUUUGUUUUUAUUGUAGUGUUCCGGGCAGUUUUUUUUUUAAGUGGUUGCAUAAAGGGACAUUCAAACUACAUUGCAAUGUUUGCAAUACAAUGAUGUCAAUGGAGCGGACAUUCAUAGACUCGUUAGACCAACAGAAACUGUUCAAGUUGAACUAAAAUAAAUAUUCCUGAGGACAGGAGAAAUCUGCUGGAUAAUUUUACUUUAAAUGUAGAUGUUUAUAGGUGUUAGGCCUGUAAGUAGUAAAUUAUAUUUUCAUUUAAAGACACAAUCCUUCCUUUUCCUUUAUAGUAUAGUAUGGUUAGCUGGUUACUAAGAAUGUGAUUUAAUCUAUGCCUUCAAAUCGGAACAACAGAUCUGGAUAUCAAUGGCUAGAUUCUCUUGAUUCUAAACUUUAUAGACUUUUAAAUGUAAUUUGAAUUGGUAAAUGUACUGUUAAAUAGACAGUGAGUACUCUACCAAAGGGUGUUUUAGGAUUUUAAUAUCCCAUUUAAAAGUUAGGAUUGUGACUUUAAAUGUUGUUUAAAUGUCCUUUGGUAGGGAUAAGCUCUUUCUAGGUGUUUACAAUGGAUUGGUGGUUACUGAUUCUCUCACAGGCUGUUACUGGUCUCUAUGAUGGGAGGACAUUGUUUUUUGUCUUUUCAUCAGAGCCUUCGUUUUUAUUUACUGCACUCUAAAGUGUUUUGGGAUUGUUAAAGCUGUAUUGCUUUUUUCUAAGAAAUAUCAGUAUGAAUUUUCAAGGUAUUACUGUUUUUUAAAAGGUCAGUGUGAAAACUGUUAACAUUUUACAAAUGCCAUUUGCGAUUCAGGACAUAACUGAAUGAGUUUUUUUUAUUUAGGAUAUUGUUAUUGACACUGUUCUCUUGCAUAUUAAUUAUGGACUUGAGGCUUGAAGAUGCAAAGCCAAGAUACUUUUUACUUCAUAAAUAAAAAUUUCAACCUUAAA